AUGCAUUAUAGGAGAUCUUAUCCAUAUCGCAGUAGGAUGAAAAUGAAACAGAAAGGGGAUUGGCGGUAUAUGAAGGGCGAAAUGCUUAAUAAUAUAUGGAGGAAGGUGGAAUUUAGAAGAAUUGGAAGAGGAAUUUACCUCAAAAGACGGAAUUUAGCACGGAAGCCCACCCCCCCUGUGGGCGAUUAA